CUUGGGCUCCCUCCACGGCCCGGAUCUCAUCGAGGGGCUCCAAGGGGUCCGUCUCCCGGUCUCAGGCAAUUCCCGGGCCCCCAGGAACCCCAGUCAGCUCCCCGGUUUCAGAGCCGUUCCCAGCGCCGCCUUCUGUGAUGUCAUCCCCCAACGGGAGCCGCGCCCAGAAGAUGCGGCUGCCUUUGUUUACACAGAAGGGACAGCUGGAGGUGCCCACCCCUUCGGAGAAGGACUGGUCCAAGGAUGACGAAGAGGGCUACGUCUUCAAGGACCCACACCAGGAGCUGGAUUCCCUGCCGCAGCCGUUCCGAAUGAUCAACAAGCUGGUGAACCUGCUGUUCGACCGGGCGUGGGAAAUUGUUGAGGAGAGGGACUCGCUGAGGGAAGUGGAGCUCAGCCGGAUCCGGCCGACCCUCUACCCUCCAGUUUUGGAAAGCAAGCUCAGCAAAAGGCCAAGAUGCAUAGCGGUUUCCCAAGACUAUGUGUUUAUUGCAGGAGCCAAAGGCUUCUCCAUCUAUAAUCUGCACGAUGCUAGACAAAUCUAUGUUUACGAGAAAUUUAAGGUUGAGGUCAUGUCCAUCUGGGCCACAGAUUUGGGGAACGAAACGCUUAUGGCUCCUGUGGAUGAAAUGGGUGUCGUCAGACUGUUUUAUCUCUGUAAGGACGGUCUUUUCUUCAUCAAAACCAUCAACGAAGUGGAUGACACCAGCAAGCAAACCAUCUGUGUGAGGAUGGACAUCUCUCACGGAGGGGACUUUGCAGCCUUCCUCAUACAAGGGGCUGGAGACACUUGGCUGGACGUGUACAAGUUGCCCAAGGAGUCUUGGGCCAAGGAGGUGGAGCACCCCCAGCUGGCUGUGAACCCAAAGAAAAAAGCCAAACAGCCCCAAAUGGAUGUAAGCAUCUGUUACCUGGGAGAGGUUAAGUUGAGUCUUCCAGUCCAGAUAAUGAAGAUCAAACCACCCAAACCAAUUACAGGUUCCCCAUUUAAAAGCCCCCUGGAAGUGUUUGCGAAGAUAGAGGGCUGCUACGGGCUGGGCUCGGGCCAGAACCACGUCAUCAAGGACAGUCAGUGGGAGCAGCAGACCGCCAUCUUCAACGCCACGUACAGGAAGUACCUGGAUGGGGAGUGGGAGGAGGAGCCGCUCAGUAUGGCCACGUUCCACUUCCUUUUCCCUAGCUGCCUAACGAUGAUGCCAACAGAGGUGAAGAGCCCCCCAGGGGUAGCCAGUGUCCUUGGCGUGCACUGGACGGGACGGCACAACUUCUUCCUCUAUUCCCUCAACCGCACCCUGAAGGACAAAGUUGACCCCGAGGGCGUGUGGCCUUGUGCUGCGCCCAUUGCUGUGUCUCAGCUCAGCGACUGCGGCUCCUACCUGGUGCUGGCCUGCGAGGACGGGGUGCUCACGCUGUGGGACCUGGCUGAAGGACUGCCUCUUGGGGUCAUCGCUCUUCCUGAGGGGUGUUCCUGCCAAAGCAUUCACUUCCUGAAAUACUUCUUAGUCCACGACGGGCGGAACGUGUAUCCCGAGGGUCCGGUGAAAUCCCAGAUGAGCUGUGUGGUGCUGUGCACGGACACGUCCCUGCACCUGGUGACCGCCACGGGGACCCAAGGCCCCACCGUCAGCAUGCUGGUGGAGAGGCCUGUCAAGCACCUGGAGGAGGCUCUCUGCGCGGUGGCCCCCGUCCCGGCCUUGCCUGGCAUGGUGCUGACCUUCGCCAGGAACAGCUCCGUGCGCCUGCUGGACGUGGCCCGGCUGCACGUGGUCUGUGCCUUUGCGCCCCCCGAGCCUUACCACCUGGCGGUGCCCUGGAAGCCAGUGUUCGCCGUGUCUUUGCAUCACCCGUUUUUCCUGCUCCGAGGAGACCAUCCAGAUGGGGACAGUGACACCCCGAGUUCCGUCUUCUACUUCGAUUUCGACUCCUGCUCCCUCCUGGAGGACGUCUCGAAGAGCUGCUUCAUUCCCCAAGCGGACUUGAACUUGAACGACCUGACCGCCGCGGGCUUCCCCCAGGCGCUGCCCCUGGAGAGGAGAUGCGAGAGCGUCCUCCAGAAGAGGUUCCAGAAGCUGGAGAACAAGGUGAAGGAGCAGGAGCACUGGACCCGGCUGCGGAGGUACUCGCUGCUUCUGCAGAGAGAGAACGUCCGGAAGUGAGGGGGCCACCGCCCGGCUCCCGGGGGAGGUGUCGGCGGCAGGCGGGCUGGCUUCGCCCAGGAGGCCCCGAGGUGAAGAGACGCGGCGGCAAGGGGGUGCGGCUCAGUAGGUCCCAGGGGCUUGCACUUGCAGUCCGGGCCCCCCGCAGAGCCAGCAGGGGGAGCGGGACUAUUUUGGGGGGGUUUCGAUCACUAUGCCGAUGGUCAGAGCCCGCAGGCAGACAGCUGUGUCACCCAAAUA